UGCAAAAAGUAAACAUCUCUUCGAAAGCAUGACCGAAUCGUGAUAACAACUGAUAAGCUACCCCUCGCUCACCUCUCCUCAAACUCUUCUGAAAGCUGGACCGGCGAACUUUAUCAUGUUAUGUUGAAAUUAUCAUCAGGUCAAACACGGGAAAUAUCGAAACUUCCCUCAUAUUUCAUUGUUGAGUACUUAACUACAAUUGUUCAUUACCCUAGAGUCUCUUUUACACGGUAUCUCACUAACAAAAUGCUUGGGAAAGUUGCAAGGCAAGUGUGCUCACCUCUUCAUCCCAAGAAGAGUUUCAUGCAAAUUCGAAAAUUGAAUUUACUAGAAUGCCACUGCAAAGAUCUCUUAAGGAAUCACAAUGUAAAUGUUCAAAACUAUAGAAUCAUUGAGAAAGUGGAAGAUUCAAAGAAACUGUUAGAUGAUUUCAAAGUAGAUGAGUACGUUAUCAAAGCUCAGGUUCUGGCAGGUGGACGAGGCAAAGGACACUUCAGCAACGGAUUUAAAGGUGGAGUUCAUAUCACAGAAGA